UCUCCUCCUUCCAAAGAUUUUUCCGAGAAAGAAAAUCACCACUGAGAAAGAGCAAAUACAUUCAUAGAAAGCUUCAUAAGUGCUGUCUUCUUCACCAUGGCUAUCUAGCGUCAUCGAUUACGCGUAUAAAGCUAUUGCGUUUGUUUUUUUUUUCUUUUUCUUUUUUUUUGGUGUGAAUAAACGUGUACGGAGCUCUGUGUAUUUGUGUAGCUUGGGUCAACUAUUAGUAGAAGGAGAACGAGAGGUAUUAUGGGUUCGUCCUUGUCGAAUCUAAACGACGGGACGAAUGGUUUGUCUAUGGGACCUAGUCUCGGCGAUAUACCGGAAAGCUGCGUCGCCUGUGUCUUUAUGUAUUUGACUCCGCCGGAGAUUUGCAAUCUGGCUGGGUUGAAUCGUGCAUUUCGUGGCGCUGCUUCUUCCGAUUCUGUUUGGGAUAAGAAGCUUCCGGCGAAUUAUCAGGAUCUGCUUGAUUUGUUGCCGCCGGAGAGGUAUCAUAGUCUCUCGAAGAAAGAUAUUUUCGCUGUGCUCUCUCGUCCAAUCCCCUUUGACGAUGACAAUAAGUGUGUGUGUUUGCAGGAACUAUGGAUUGAUAGAGUUACAGGACGGGUUUGUAUGGCAAUUUCAGCGAGAGGAAUGGCUAUAACUGGAAUUGAAGACCGGAGAUAUUGGAAUUGGAUUCCAACUGAAGAAUCUAGGUUCCAUGUUGUAGCCUACUUGCAGCAGAUUUGGUGGUUUGAAGUUGAUGGAACUGUGAGAUUCCAUCUCCCACCUGGUAUAUACUCUCUAUCAUUCAGAAUCCAUCUCGGGAGAUUCACAAAAAGGCUGGGGAGACGUGUGUGCCAUUUCGAACACACUCAUGGUUGGGAUUUAAAGCCUGUAAGGUUUUCGCUUUCAACUUCUGAUGGUCAAAAUGCAUCAUGUGAAUAUUACUUGGACGAUGUAGAGAGAGACGAAGCACUCGGACAACACAAGCGUGGUUGCUGGAUCGAGUAUAGGGUUGGAGAAUUCAUAGUGAAUGGGUCAGAACCAUCAACUGAAAUCCAGUGGUCGAUGAAACAGAUUGACUGCACGCACUCCAAGGGAGGGUUAUGUGUCGAUUCAGUGUUCAUAAACCCAAUUGGUGAUGUGAAAGAACACAGAAAGAAAGCUUUUGUGAAAUAGCUUGAAGAAAGAUGAUCACACACAAAAGCUUCUGAUUCUUUCAAGGUACAAUAAUAACUGAUGGUUAAAAGUUCUUAUUAGUGGUUAUGUCGUCGUUUUUUACUGGUUCCCAAAAUUAGGGUACAUUGAGUCGACGAUACGGUAAAAUUUUCAUUUUAUUAUUGUGCAUUUCAUCGAGUUUUUGUAUUUACUUCAUCAUACUCAUUUUGUUACAUAUGUUAGGCGAGAAGACUCUUUUUUUGUGUGUGUAUAUCAUGUUUAUAAGUUGGAUGUUCAAGAUUAUGACUUGUCUGUAUCCAACCAGGAUUAUCUAAAUUAUUGUCUCUGACUAA